ACUUUAAUAGGAGGUUUUUGCUCCUUUAAGCAAGUCACACUCGCGCAGAAGGCUGCAGCACGAGGUACCGAAGGAGAGGAGCUGGGACUUAUUCUGUUCUCUUUGUUGAUCAAGAAGAAUUGCCAACAAGUUCUCUGCAACAACCCUGACUGCCACGCGACAAUGGAUGGAAACCAAACCGAAACGAAUGCAUCUUCGUGUCUAUAUCAGCCCACUGAGUGGCUCUACCCUGCGACUUAUUGGUACAUCCUGGUCAUCUGUGUGCUUGGAAUUGUCUUUAAUGUGUUUGUGUUGACGGUUUUCUGCCUCCACAAGAAGGCCUGCACUGUGGCGGAGAUCUACUUGAGUAACCUGGCUGCUGCUGACCUUCUUCUGAUGUCCUGUUUACCUUUCUGGGCUGAAUAUGUUAACAAAAAAUAUGACUGGCCCUUUGGUGGAGGCCUGUGCAAAAUGGUCAAUGUUUUCAUCAUCAUGAAUGCCUACAGCAGCGUCUACUCCCUCGUUCUGAUUAGCAUUGACCGUUAUUUGGCGCUUGUGUUCCCGUUGUCCCAUGAAAGGCUGCGUAGGCCACUUCUUGCCAAAGUGGGAUGUCUAGUGGUGUGGGUGUUAUCCUUUCUCCUGAGUGUCCCUUAUCUCAUCUACAGGGAUGCCAUCACAUACCCUAGUAAUAUUACCAAAUGCACAAUAAAUUAUCCAAAUGACGCUACAUACCUGGGCUGUGACAUAAUGCAAUUUAUGUUAAUAUUCAUUAUUCCUGUCUUCAUUAUUUCCAUCUGCACUUUCAAAAUAAUUCAAACUCUGAGAUGCAGGUAUAGAGAUGGAUUAAACAUUCAGAAAAAGGAGGAGAAGGCCACCUUUCUGGUUCUGGCAGUCCUCCUGGCUUUCCUGGUUUGCUGGAUACCAUUCCACAUUAUGAAGAUAAUAGGCACAUUGAAAGAUGUUAAAGUUCUGACGUUGACAUGUAACACUUUGAUCUUUAUGCACAUCUGGCACCCAAUCCUACUGUAUUUAGCCUUCUUCAACAGUGUUCUCAACCCCAUUCUCUACGUCAUCGUGGGGAAAAACUUCCGCAAAAAAGUUAGGGAAGUCUUCAAGCAGUGGAGUCAUAGGAGAAGGGCAACCUUCAGCCUCACCUCCACGCGCACUCAAAUGACAAAGUCAUGAGAAAGUCUCAAGCUGAUCCCAAGAACUGAGGUUUAUUUACUUUAACAUAUAAGAAGAUUUAUUUUAUAUCCAUGAUGUGUAUAUAUGUGUGUUGCAUUUAGCACUUCAAUCAGCCGUUGCUCAGAAAGAUGUAUUCAAGACAACAGCACCUUGAUUUGAUUGGACAGCUGGUGGCCUUCCCAUCAGAUCCUGCUUCAGAAGGAAGAUAACUUUAGAGGAGGGACUCAGCUGUACCCUACGCUUUUAUGCUGCUCUUUUUAAGUCCUUGGAAUUCCCAGUCUUUUUUGAGACACGGAUGUACAGGCAACGAGAAAAAGAGGACUGAAAAAGAAACAUGUUUAAGGUCUGUUUCUUUUGUGUCUGACAUCAACCAACCCGUAGAAACUGAGGGUGUGGCCCCUUUGAAAGCAAGUGAUGCGGUUCUCUCUUUACGGGAAUUGAGACUCAAAUUACUGAAUAUGUGCUGUUGUACCACUUACACCCUAACAGUUUUGUUUCUUCCAUUGCUUUCAUGGCACUGCUACAUAAUUAAACACCAUUAAACAUAUGAUAUGCCAAAUGUGUUUUAUAUGGACACAUACUCAGAUAAUGGAUGCAACGUGCAAAAGCAGACUUUGUGUAUUUCAAUCUCCGUUUUGUGACAUGCCCUAGUGGUUCAGUGUUAACUACUGUUAACUGUUGGUGGCCUAAAAACACCUAAAAACAAACCUUGCCACGUUUUAAAUCCAUGCAGAGUCUCUCCAUUCACUCGUGACAUUGUAACUCACCGUUGGCUACAUGGCAGACAUUUGCAUACAGCUGUUGUUUUGCACAGUUUAUUUACUUUUCAAAGUCAAUGUACUCUGAAGAAUGGUGACGCAUGCAGUCACCUCCCCACUCUGUGAACACGUUUCCUCAUUGCCGAAACAGCUGAUGUCUAUCUGUUGUAAAAACCUUUGCAUAUAAAUGUAAUGUAACAUGUUGGACGGCAAAAUUACAAAAGCUAAACUUUAACAAAGAUCUCUUUACUUGUCUGGUUCUGCUGUAGUCAUUUUUAACUGUCUAUUACGAAUCUAAAUGUGUUAGAACGAUGCUUUUUGCUCCACCGGGCUAAAAGUUGAACUUCUGUCACAACUGUAACUGUAUUGGCUGAAAUAUGCCUGCAUGACAGAUAUUAUACUAUGCCAUUUGAUACGAGAGGCAUUCUUAUUAAAACCAUGUCGUGCUCAA